AUGCCGCUCAUCGUCCACCACCUCGGCAUCUCCCAAUCGGAGAGAAUCCCCUUCCUCUGCGAAGAGCUCGGCAUCGAAUACCGGCUCGUGGUCUACAAGCGCGCCCCCAAGCACGCCCCCCCCGAAUACAAGGUGCUCCACCCGCAGGGGACCGCGCCCGUCAUCCAGGACGGCGAGGUGACGCUGGCCGAGAGCGGCGCCUGCAUGGAGUACAUCGGCCGCAAGCACGGCGGCGGCAGGCUCUGGGUCGAGCCCGCGGACGAGGCCUACGCGCACUUCAUCUACUGGUGGCACUGGGCCAACGGCACGUUCCAGCCCACCAUCGGGCGGGUGAUGAUGUGUCGCGCGGCGGGCCUGCCGGCCGGGCACUGGCUGCUCGCCAUGGCGGACGACCAGCUCCGGGCGGCGCUGGACGAGCUGGACAAGAGGCUGGCGGACAACGCGUGGCUGGCGGGCCGGCAGUUCAGCGCGGCCGACAUCAUGCUCAUGUUCUCGCUGACGACGAUGCGGUACUGGACCCCGUACAGCCUGGCGGCGCACGCCAACGUGCUCGCCUAUGUCGAGAGGGUGAGCCGGCGGGACGCGUACCGGCGGGCGAUGCGCAAGUGCGACCCGGACAUGGAGCCGCUGCUGGGGCCUGAUGCGCCAGAGUCGCUGUAUUUCAAGUAG